ACCUGCAGGGGGCAGCACUUAACAGUGAUGGAUCUACCUACCGGAAAUGCUGUGGAGCAAGACGCAUGUAAACAAGAGGAUGUCGCAGAGACCAACCCAAGCUAGAGAAAUGAACGGUCAGACAGACGUAGAGGUCGACUACAAGCGGAAAUACAAAAAUCUCAAAAGAAAAUUAAAAUUCCUUGUUUAUGAACAGGAAUGUUUUCAGGAGGAGUUGAGAAGAGCACAAAGAAAACUUCUGAAGGUUUCCCGAGACAAAAGCUUCCUUCUAGACAGAUUGCUCCAAUAUGAGAGGGUUGAUGAAGACUCCUCUGAUUCAGAUGCAACUGUUUCUUCAGAAAACAGUGAAGGGGAAGGACUAAGAGAGAGGGAAAGAGAACGAGAAAUUGCAAAGAAGAGAAAAAGCAGCCCUGGAGCCUGCCUUUCCUCCUCUUCAUCAUCGCCUCAUCUCUCUCUGCUGUCCCGUUCUGGAGUAAACCCCCUGCAGUCGUCCAGCGCCGGAUCGUACCUCAACGCUAUGCCCUUCCCACCAGAGUAUUUGGCACCGCCAGCUGAGCGAAUGAAGAAAGAGAGAAAAACAAAGACGCCAAAAAACAAGCGAGAGGCCACAGGGAAGGUUGUGGGUCCGAUGGCGGCUAACUACACGUCAGCCUCUGGUGCCCCUCAAACUGCCAGCGGCCCCUUCAGCUGGGUUCCCAAACAAAUGCUCAGCGGAGAUGCGGCUGACGAGGAAGGUGAGAGCGACGGGGACAGCGACAGGGGAGACGAGGACAGAGGGGAGGGAGACGAGGCCGAGCUCGUCAUUGACAUCCCCAAUGAGUGAAAGCGACCGGGAGCUGGGAUGUAUCUAACAGCAGGACGGAGGAGGGGGGGCCUGCUUCUGUUUGUGUAAGGGGGGAAAGAGAGGACUUGAAUGUUUGUCCUGAAAGGCAAGCUCCCCCUGGUGGAUAUGAGAUUCAUUGCAGGAAAAAUAAAACUGCAGAAAUGAGUGUUGUUGAAGUAAUGAAACCAUGAAACAGUGAUAGUUUCUUAAAUUCAGGCUUUAGUUGUACUGAUUAUGUUUUCCCGACCAGAACUGAUUUCUUUUUGUGUCUUAAUCUGCCAAUUUACAAUGUAAAAUAUUUUUUCUUCUCCCAAAUGUUAAAAAAAUGUAUCAUAAAAAAGAUGCAUUAUCUGUUUUUCUGAACAGCAACAGAUAUUUUGCCCUAAGCAGAGAUUUUGCAUUUCAACUUCCAAAAUAGGAUUAACUGGAAAACUUCUACACAGUUGUGACAUGUUGGUACCUAAAACCUGCACAGCAUUAAAGGGCUAGCGGUGCUUCUGUGGAAGUAUUAUGGGUAAUAUUUAUUAUUAUAAAUGAAUCUUUGGUGGAAGCUAAUGGCUCGUCAGACAUGGGUUUUUAGCAGAUUAAAACAACACAAUCUGAACAUUUUUACAUCAGUUGGUGGACUGAUACAACCAGCUUUUUUCCACACAGAAGCAGCGAUUAUGUUCAACUUCACAAAACACGUCUGUGUAACUAUGUAAAGCCCCAACUUUACAUAGUUUGUUGUGACAUUGUAAACUGUUUAUAGCGGCUAAAACUAUUUUUUGCCAUUGAUAUGAACAUGUUCAGUUUGAGCUUAGCUGUCAUCGCUAGCUAAAAUGGGCAGCUUAUAUCUGACUAGCUGUUAGCGUUAGCUGUUAGCUUCUACUUCCCCAAAAGUUUAUUUUUACUUCUAACAAGCUCACAAUGAUGUAACAUCUUUGUUCUCCAGGUAAUGAAAGUAUUAGUUAACUUCACAGAGCCUCACUUCUGUUUUUUAAAAAUAUUCUUUUACGUUUUUUGUAUUUAAUUUGAUUAGAUAUUGAAUUCAUGUAUUUUUUUUUUUUAAAUAACCCAAAAACUGAUGGCGCCCUGAAGAUACAAAUCACCAGACCAGUUGUUAUUGUAGAUUAUAAAUGCUUGACUUGUGGAAGCUUUGCAUAACUACUGGUCAUGUUAGGAGCUUUCUGCACCAAAAUGCCCAUUUCCUCUUGUGACAUUUGACCUGCUGAUCAUCAGACAGAGCUGUCCAAGGAAAAACUGUGACUUCAAUCUGUGUCUGGUUGAUCAGUGCAUCAACCUAUUUAGCCAACUUAAUCAAUCCUGUGGCUGAUUCUAUGCUUCCUCUGGAUAGUCAGUGAAUUCAUCCUUAUUUGUUCUUCAGAGAUUUGUUUUUGCUUUGCUUGGAUAAACCAUCAUCUCAGAGUUCAUUGUUUGUAACCUCAGAGUUAUAAAUGUCUGUUUGUUACAGUUCUGGUAUAUUUAAUCUGUGCUAGGUAUCAGCUAUUGUCUUUAAGAAUGUCAAAAUAACCUUUUGUAAAUACAUGAACACAUUGUUUUUGCACUUGUAAA